CGCUCUGAAAUUGAGUCAGAAGGGAGACCGAGUGUCUCCUGCGGUUCGCAGUGGUGGUAACCUCCGACUACAGCUCUUGCCGGCGGCCCAUGCAUCUGUCCACAGAGCGGAAAAGCGCAUGAGGAGCCGAAACCAUGCACUUCUCCUUCCGCUCGCGGUCUCAAACCCGAGGUGGACGCACCACGUGGUGUCGGCAUGCGGCAUUGCUGAUGCCGAAGCUUGUUCACCUCCAUCGUCUCUAAUUAGUCUCAUACUUCACAUCUGCCAAUCUCGCACCGAGAUGCUUUUACGCCAGGCGUCUGUUGUUGCGAGGGCUCGCGCCCCAACCCUCGUUCCUCGGCGACCAAUUGCCCUCCUGCAUCUCCACCCAUGCACCCGAUCCCUCUCGUCCACUCCCUCCCUCCGCUCACGAAGCAGCGUGAACCUCGCCAACCUAGUGCCGGCGACCGCCGCGGACGUUCAGACCUUUCGCGACCGCACCUCAGGAGGUUUUACGGAGAAGCACGGCGUUGCAAACGAUGUUACGCCGGCAGGAUUUGACCCGAUCCCUCCAGAGAAUGCACGGGGUGGGCGCGACGUCGCUGGCUGGCGCGCGCUGUAUACGGGUACCGUGGGACCGCACUGGUGCAACCUGCACAAGACGAUGCACGGGGGCUGUGCUGCGUGGCUCGUCGACAACCUCACGGGGCGCGCCGUGGAAACGCUCGGCACGGACACGUGGUGGGGGCCUGGCGUAAGCAUCAACCUCGACAUGACGUACCAGGCGCCAGCACAUGAGGGGAUGGUCCUCGACAUCCUGGUAACGGUCGACCGCAUGACGGGGAGCAUUGCAUACACGCGCUGCGAGGUGUUUGAGCAGGCGACAGGCGAGCGGAUCUGCAGCGGCAACCACGUGAUUAUGUGGCGCAAGCCCAAGAAGAAGUAGCGGUAUGCAUGGCGAGAUAGCGUGCCAGAG